AUGGCACCAAGAAAGCUAAUUCCAAUUCUCCAGAUAACAACCCUCCUCUUCGACUGCGACAAUACCCUCGUCCUCUCCGAAUCCCUCGCCUUCGAAGCCUGCGCUGACCUCGCCAAUGAAAUCCUCGCAUCUCAUAACAUCCCCGAGCGUUACACAGGUCCGCAAUUGCUAUCCGAAUUCGUAGGCCAAAACUUCCGCGGCAUGAUGGUCUCCCUAAAAGCAAAAUACAAGUACGACAUGCCCGACGCCGAGCUCGAGAAAUACGUAAGUAGAGAAGAAGACCGCGUGAUCGCUAAGCUGCGCGCCGCGCUGCAGCCCUGCGAAGGCGUCGAACCCAUCCUAUCUAAGCUGCACGCCGAGGGAAAGUACACGCUUAGCGUCGUGUCUUCAUCGGCGUUGCGCCGCGUACAGGCGUCGAUAGAGAAGGUUGGGCAGGAUAAGUAUUUCGAUCCCAAGAGUGUGUUUUCAGCGGCGACGAGUCUAGAGACGCCGACGAGCAAGCCAGAUCCGGCAGUUUAUCUGCAUGCGAUGAAGGUGUUGGUGAAGGAGCCUGGGGAGUGUGUGGCGGUGGAGGAUAGUCGGAGUGGUGCGACGGCGGCGGUUAGGGCGGGGAUUACAACGGUGGGCUAUGUGGGGAGUUAUGAGUUGGAGGAAAGGGGGAAGAUGAGGAAGGUGCUGCAGAAUGCCGGGUGUGGGGAUGUGAUGGAGCAUUGGGGGGGAGUUUUGGGGGGUGUUGGGGGGGAUUGA